UUACUAACCGUAUGUCUAACAAAGUAGCGGUUUCGCGGAAUACCUCGAAAACAAUUCAAAAAUGACAUGGUUAUUCAAAAAGAAGUAAUUUUGGAUAUUCCUACACUUAACCGUGAAAAUAAAUACAAAACAGCAUAUUUUUCAAAUUUCAAAAUGAAUGAAAAUCAGAAGUUAAUUUUUUGUUGUUUAGGAGUUUUUUUCUGUUAUUUUUAUUAUGGUGUUCUUCAGGAACGAAUAACAAGAGUUCCGUAUGGUGAUGCUGGAGAAAAAUUUUCCUUUCAGUUGACUUUAGUGUUUUUUCAAUGUAUUAUUAACUCUGCAUUUGCAUAUGCAGUUUUGAAGACAACGUAUAAAAAAGAAUCACAAAGAGAUGACACACCUAUACUGCUUUAUAUAUUAUGUUCGAUAUCAUACAUGGGUGCUAUGUUGUCAAGUAAUAUGUCUUUGAAAUAUGUCAACUAUCCAACUCAAGUUUUAGGGAAAUCCUGCAAGCCUAUACCUGUGAUGCUACUAGGAGUUCUACUAGCUCGUAAAAAAUAUUCAUUAAUGAAAUACGCAUGUGUUAUCUUUAUUGUUUUGGGUGUUGCUUUAUUUAUGUACAAAGAUAAAAAAUCGUCAAGUACUCAAGAAUCAGUGACUGGUUAUGGUGAAAUACUUUUGAUUGUUUCAUUAGCUCUUGAUGGAAUGACUGGAGUUUUCCAGGAAAGAAUGCGUCGCGAUUAUAAAAGUCAACCACAUACUAUGAUGUAUGGUGUCAAUAAAUGGUCUACUGUUAUACUGGCAAUAGGCAUGAUAUGGAGUGGAGAAUUUUUCGGUUUUUUGGCUUUUGUUGGUAGAUAUCCUGAAGUUUUGUGGAACAUGAUGUUGUUUUCGAUUGCUAGUGCGUUAGGCCAGAAUUUCAUCUUCACGACGGUGUCACAUUAUGGUCCGCUUACAUGCUCUGUGAUAACGACUACAAGAAAGUUUUUCACAAUUCUAUUUUCUAUUCUAUUUUUCGGUAACCCAAUAACAAGCCGACAAAUAGUAGCUGUAUUCUUAGUGUUUACAGGACUGACUCUGGACACAAUUUAUGGAAAAUAAUAGAAGUAGUUAAAAUUAGUAAUAGAAAAUACACAGCUGAUAUUCUGAAGAAUGUAUUUAUAAACUUACCAAAUUUCAAGAUCAAAUAUGAUUUUUUUUUACAAGAAA